AUGGCCAUCUCCUCACGCCUGGCGCUCUGGGAGCAGAAGGAAACCUCUGCUCCUGCAAAACAGAUCCGGGACGAGGACCGGGGGCCGCCGCCGGCCGCUCCCCCCCUGCUCCUGUCGGUCAUCCCCGGGGGGUUCAUCAAGCAGCUCGUGCGGGAGACUGAGAAGGAGGCCAAGGCGGCCAAGCUGAGGAAGGACAAGGCGAGUGGCAAGGAGGAGCCCGUGGCAGCGGACGGCGAGGCUGGAGCUGGGGUCACCGCAGCGGCUGGAGCAGAGGGGACCAAGGACGGGCAGGCGCUGCCCAACGGGCUGCAGGCAGAGGGGCCGGGGGCCAAGGGGGUGACGGCCCCCCCACGCAAGGAGCUGCCACCCGGGAAGGCUGCAUCAGGACCCAUCAGCAACAAAGCCCCAUCCCCAGCGCCCGGCCCGGCAGCGGCUGCCCCAAAGCCAGCAGAGACCCCUCAGCCAGAGGCAGCGAAGCCAUCGUGCCCCAAGAGGAGCCCCAAGGACCCCCAUCCGGGGGGCAGCCCCCCGCCUCUGACCCCCACACCAGCUUCCCCCAAACCAACAGAGACCCCUCGCCCUGAGGCUCCCAAAGCAGCAAAGCCAUUGUGCCCCAAGAAGAGCCCCAAGGACCCCCACCCAGCGGGCAGCCCCCUGCCUCUGACCCCCACAUCAGCUGCCCCAAAGCCAGCAGAGACCCCUCGCCCUGAGGCUCCCAAGGCAGCGAAGCCAUCCUGCUCUGAGAAGAGCCCCAAGGACCCCUGCCUGGGGGGCAGCCCCCAGUCUCCAGCCCCUGCACCCAGCAAGGGCCCCCAGUGCUCCAGCAAAGCCCCAGCAAAGGUGGGUGACACGGCCAAGAGCACAGUCCCUGAGAGCACCAAGAAGGAGAAGGGGGCACCCCUGAGCCGCGUGGAGCCUCCAGCCAGGGCAGGAGCCAAGAGGGAGCUGGGGCCGGCCAGGAGGGAGCCGGAGAAGAUGAAGAAAGAUGUUGGAGAUGGGAAGAAGGAGCCAAGGGAAAUCAAAAAGCCUGGAAAAACUGCAAACAAGUCAGAGGGGCCCAAGGAGGAGCCAGGACGGACCCAAGAGAAGUCAGAAGAUGUGGCAAAGGAGUUGGGAAAGGCAAAGGAAAAGCCGGGAGAGGGUAAAGAGGCACCAGGAGAGAGCAAAGAGACAGGCGAGAGCACGGACAAGGACCAGGCUCCCAGGGAUGUUUGGUACGAAGCAGAGAAGGUCUGGCUUGUCCAGGAGGAUGGAUUCACGCUCGCCACGCAGCUGAAGCCGGACGUGGGGACGCCGGAGCUGCCGGCGGGGAGGGUGCGGGUGCGCCGGGACGCGGACGGCAGCAUCACCGAGGUGGACGAGGACAGCGUGCAGCGGACCAACCCCCCCAGCCUGGACUUGGCCGAGGAUCUGGCCGCGCUCGUCAGCCUCAACUCGUGCAGCGCCAUGAACACGCUGCAGCAGCGCUACCGGGCCCGCCUGCCCUGCACCUUCGCCGGGCCCAGCCUGGUGGCCAUCCGGGACAGCGGCACCGGCGGCGGCCCCGCGGGCAGGGCACUCAAGGGGAAGCGGGACAUGCCACCGCACAUCUGCUCAGUGGCACAGCGAGCCUACAGGAACCUGCUGCUGCAGCGGCAGGACCAGGCCAUCGUGCCCCUGGGGCGCACUGGGGCUGGCAGGACCUCGUGCUGCCGGAAAGCUCUGGAGUUCCUGGUGGGCUCCGCGGGCAGCGUGGACGGCAGCGUCUCAGUGGAGAAGAUCCAGGCGAUGUUCACAGUGCUGGGAGCCUUUGGGUCAGUGACCACCAGCCACAGCAGCAGCUCCACGCGAUUCUCCAUGGUCCUGUCACUGGAUUUCGGUGCCACCGGCCAGAUAACCGCUGCUCACCUCCAGACCAUGCUGCUGGAACGGUGCCGUGUCGCCCAGCAGCCCACUGGAGAGAGCAGCUUCAACGUCUUCCCCCUGAUGCUGGCGGGGCUGGAUGCGGCGCAGAGGACAACGCUGCACUUGCACCAGGUGUCUGAGAACAAUUCCUUUGGGAUCAAGCCAUUCACGAAGCCCGAGGAGAAGCAGAAGGCCUCGGCAGCGUUCACCCAGCUCCAGGCAGCCAUGGGCACACUGGGCAUCACCGCGGAGGAGCAGGCGGCCGUGUGGCGCGUCUUAGCCGGCAUCUACCACCUGGGAGCUGCCGGCGCCUGCAAAGCGGGCAGGAAGCAGUUCAUGAGGUUCGAGUGUGCGAGCAGCGCGGCGGCGGCGCUGGGCUGCGACCUGGAGGAGCUCACCACAGCCACCUUCAAGCACCACCUCAAGCAGAUCCUGGCGCAGGUCACGGCGCGGGGCCGCCGGCUGCCCCCGGCAGAGGAGAGCCCGGCAGGGCCGAAGAUGACGGGUGUGGAGUGCGUGGAGGGGAUGGCUUCGGGUCUCUAUGAGGAGCUCUUUGGCGCAAUUGUUUCGCUAAUCAACAGGUCUUUCUCGUCCCCGCACCUCUCCGUGGCCUCCAUUGCCGUGGUGGACACCCCCGGCUUCCACAACCCCCGGCACCAGCGCCACGAGCGAGCAGCGACCUUCGAGGAGCUCUGCCACAACUACGUGCACGAGCGGCUCCAGGCGCUCUUCUACGAGAAAACCUUCAUUUCGGAGAUGGAGAGGUACAGAGAGGAAAAUGUUGAGGUGUCUUUUGAUCUUCCAGAGCGCUCUCCACUGGACACGCUGUCCAUCAUCGACCUGAGCUCCUCACAGCCGCAGGCGCUGCCGGGCAGCCCGGGAUCCGACCGCAGGGGACUGCUGUGGAUCCUGGACGAGGAGGCGCUGACCCCCGGCUCCGGGGAUGGCACCGCCUUUGACCGCCUGUGCUCCUACUUCACAGCAAAGGGACCCGACCAGGAGGGGGACAGCCACAUGCGGAGGUGCGAGCAGGGGCUGCACUUUGAGAUCUCCCAUCAGCUGGGCACGGACCCCGUGCGCUACGACCUCACGGGCUGGGUCAGCAAAGCCAAGUUCAACCUCUCAGCACAGAACGCCAUCCAGGUGCUGCAGCAGUCCACCGUCGAGGCCGUGCGGGAGCUGGUGGUGCCGCGGCUGCGGGCGCCGCUGGGCUGCCGCGCCGUGGCGGGGCUGGAGGGCCGCUCGCAGGCAGCUCUGCACCGCAGCGCCUGCGUCAGGAAGACCUUCGCCAGCAGCUUCGCGGCUGUGAAGAAGCGGUCGGUGUGUGCUCAGCUCAAACUGCAGGCGGAUGCGCUCACGAACCUCCUCCGACGGUCCCAGCUGCACUUUGUUCACUGCCUGCUCCCGGAAGCGGGGCCCGAGGGGCCGGUGCCUCGUCCCCCCGCGCCGCCCGGCGCAGCCCCGCAGCUGGAUGUGCCGACCCUGCGGACACAGCUGGAGGGGACCCAGCUCCUGGAUGCCCUGCGCCUGCACCGCAUCGGGUAUGCGGAUCGCCUGCUCCUUACCCAGUUCCGAAGGCGCUUCCAGGUCUUGGCUCCGGAUGUCAUGAAGAAGCACAGCUCUGCCUACGAGGUGCCGAAUGAGAGCAAGGCCAUACAGGAGCUCUUCCAGGUGCUGGAUCUGGAGAAGAGCAGCGUUGCCAUUGGGCGCAGCCAGGUUUUCCUGAAGCCAGGAGUCAUCUCGCGACUGGAGAAGCAACGUGACAAGCUGAUAGCCCAGAAGAUGAUCCUGCUCCAGGCUGCGUGCAAGGGCUUCCUCAGCCGCCAGACGUUCAAGAGGUUGAAGAUCCAGCGCCUGGCCACCCGCUGCAUCCAGAAGAACCUGGUGGUGUUCCAGGCAGUCAGGCACUGGCCCUGGUGGCAGCUGCUGAGCCGUGUGCGGCCCCUGCUCAGCGUUAACCUCGCGGAGGAGCAGCUUCGGGCUAAAGAAGAGGAGCUGGCAGCGUUGAGAAGGAAGCUGGAAAAAUCUGAGCAGGAAUGCAGCGAGCUCAGGCAGGCUGCAGAGAAGCUGGAGAGCAAGAUCAUCGACCUGAACACGGAGCUGUUGGAUGAGCAGUACAAGGGCGAUGUCGCCUGCCAGGUCCUGGAUGGGGAGCGGGCAGAGAGGCUGCGGGGAGCCCGUGAGCUGCAGGAGCUGCAGAGCAAACAUGACCAAGUGCAGAAGAAACUGGAGUCAGUGGAAAAGCAGCUGGAGGAGGCCCAGCAGCUGGUUCAGUUGCGUGAGAUGAAGAUAAGUGGCUCUGGAGGAGAGGACGAGUGGCAAGUGCGCUUCGAGUGCGCGCAGACAGAGAUCUGCUUCCUGCAGAAGCGGCUGGUGCAGCUGGAGCAGCGCCUCGAGUCCGAGCGGGGCACCAGGGCCGGGCUGGAGCAGAAGCUCGGCGCGGCGCAGGCAGCGUGUGAGGCGGCCAAGAAGGCGUCGCAGCAGCUGCGGCGGCGGUGCCGGCGCCUGGCCUGCGAGCUGGAGGAUGCGCGGGUGCUCGCCGAGAGCCAGCAGAGCCGCAACCACGAGCUGGAGAAGAGGCAGAAGAAGUUUGACCUGCAGUUAGCCCAGGCCCUGGGGGAGUCCGCCUUUGAGAAGAGCCUCCGUGAGAAAGUGUCGCAGGAGAACACCAGCAUCCGCUGGGAGAUGGGCAAACUCCAGCAGAGCUUGAAGCAGAAGGAGGCAGAGGUGUCCGGCCUGGCACAGAAGGUGUCGGUGCUGGCCGGCCGGGUGGAGGAGCUCAGCACCCCCAGCGCCCUGGAUGCCCGGGCAGUGCCUGCGCUCCGGAAGCAGCUCUGGGACAUGGAGGCCAGCGCUGCUGAGCAGAGGAAGGAGCUGGAGCAGCAAACGGCUGCUGUUGAUCACCUGGAGCAGCAACACCAGUGGCUGGAGCUGGAGAUAGAGCGGAUGAAGCAGAUCCACCAGAAGGAGCUGGAGGACAAGGACGAGGAGCUGGAGGAUGUGCGGCAGUCCUGCCAGAGGAGGCUCCGGCAGCUGGAGAUGCAGCUGGAACACGAGCACGAGGAGAAGCAGAUGGUGCUGCAUGAGAAGCAGGACCUGGAAGGGCUCAUCAGCACCUUGUGCGAGCAGAUCGGCCACCGGGACUUCGAUGUGGAGAAGCGGCUGCGGCGGGACCUGCGCCGGACACGGGCUCUGCUGGCUGACGUGCAGCUGCUGGUGGCAGCGCCCGCGGAGCCUGGUGCCAGCGCUCAGGACAUGGAGAGGCUGCGCAGGCAGUUGGAAGAGAGCGAAGCAAAGUGCACAGAGGCCCAGAGGACCCAGCAGACAGCAGCCCAGCAGCUGGAGAACUUGCACAUGGAGCUGGAGACCCUGAGCAAAAGCAAGACCCUGGUGGACGAGCAGCUUAACCAGCUGCAGCAUGAGAGAGCCGACCUCCUCAAGCGCAUCGAUGUGGACCAGGAGGACCUGAACGAGCUCAUGGCAAAGCACAAGGCCCUGAUUGCCCAGUCGGCAGCAGAUAUCGCUCAGAUCCGGGAACUGCAGACGCAGGUGGAGGAUGUGAAGAAGGAAAAGCAGAUCCUUCAGGAGAAGCUGCAGGCAGCGCAGGCGAGAGCAGCGCGCAUGGAGCAGUGCCCGGCCGAGCGCUCCAUCGUCAGCCGGCAGGAAGCCCGGAUCCGUGACCUGGAGAGCCAGCUGGACUUCCAGGCCGUGCAGAUGAAGCGCUUUGAGGUGCUGGUGCUGCGCUUGCGAGACAGCAUCAUAAAGAUGGGUGAGGAGCUGGAGAAGGCAGCUGAGUCCGAGGCACGGGAGAAGGAGAACACCAGGUACUACCAGAAGAGGAUGGAGGAGAUGAAGGCUGACAUGGACGAGCUGGUGCAGAGGGAGCUGGAGUCCAGCCGCCGGCGCGUGGAGCUGGAGCAGCAGCUGGCGGAGCUGGCGGCGGUGCGGCAGGCCCUGCAGGCUGACCUGGGCACCGCCAUCCGCCGCAUCGCAAAUCUGCAGGCAGCCCUGGAGGAGCGGCGGUCCAGCGAUGACAGCGAUGCCGAGAGCGUGCAGAUGACGCAAGAAUCACUCUGCUCCAGGAGAGAGAUGGACGCCUGCUCCAGCACUGGCUCCACACUCGGUCUGGAGCCUGCAGAGAGCAUCAAGUCCUGGCCGGGUUCAUCCACGGGCUGGUCUUCCCCGGCAAGCGCCAGCGUGGCCGGGAGCGUUUCAGCGCAGUCCAUCGGCAGCCGCAGCACCCUGAGCCCGAGGCUGAGCAGAGACACCAAGGAACCCGCACCGAGCCGGCCGGCUUCUUCCCAGAGCGCUGCCAGGUCCGUGGAUGCUGCGGAUGUGGGAAGGAUGGCGAGUCCCCUGCUCGGGGCUAGAAGAUGGGAAUAUGGAAAACCUCUAGCAAAUGAAGAGGAGCUGGAGAGCCUCAGGAAGCCUGGGAGGCUCUCUCCAGGGGCAAUGCCAGUGCCCAGCUCAUCGGCCGCCCUCUCCGAGUAUGUGGAGGAGCUGCGGCGGCAGCGCGGAGUGGAGCGGGAGCCGGGGCACCCUGUGCUGGGUGACACCUCUCCCUUGCCCAUUUACCGCACCACGGGUGCCGCGGCCCUGCGGCGCUGCAGGGCUUUCCCCACAGCAGCGGAGGAUUCCCUGGGGAAGCUGGAUGGGAAUGAGCCAGGGGAAGAAGGGGAAGGAGCAGGCGCUGGCCUCGUGCGCUCCUGCAGCCUGCGGAGCAUGGCCUCGGAGCCGGCGCGCUCGCCGGCGCUGAAAAGAGCAUCCAAGUUCGGCUCCUACGACUCCCUCCUGCAGAGCCUGGACGGGUCCGGCCGCCGGCCGAGCUCUCCUGCUGCGGGGAUGGAGGUGCUGGGAACGUUGAGGCCGAGCUCCUGGAGGAGCUACCUGGAGCCGUCGCUGGAAGAUGUGGAGGUGGGAACGGGCUCUGCGGAGCUGCUGAGCCCACCCUCCAGCGACAGGCUGGAUGAGGGGAAGGGGAGUGACCCCUUCAGCUGGCGAAUCCCCACCCUCAACUACGAGCGCAGAACCAAUGUUGACUUCGAUGACUUCCUCCCGGCCAUUCGCAAGUCCCGCUCCACCAGCAGCCUGGCCAAGCCCGGGAGGGACAGAAGGGACGGACACCGGCCCCUCACCGUGCGCUUCGAGGACGAGGCCAUAGCAGGCACCUCGGCAUCCUCUGAGACAAAGGGCAUGGCCAAGCGCAGCCCAGCCCCACGGGAGGACCCCGGGAACCUCUCUGACGCCUCCUCAUCCUCUGGCUCCCACCAAUCCUCCCGGAGCAUCGACAGCAUCAAGCGCCGGCCGCAGCCGCAGAGAGGGGAUGGAGAGGGAUGCAGCAGCAAAGCCAGCACCCAGAGCAGCGGGGCAAGCCGCCGGGCAGAGGCAGAAGGGAAGGAAGAUGAUGUCAACAGCAUCAUGAGGAAGUACCUGGGAAAAGACUAAGGAAGCACAAUUUGCAUAAUGAAACAUCCCACUUGCUCCAGACUUGGUUUCAAGAAGCUGCAACGGCCUUGGUGCUGCACUGAGCGAGGGGCUGUGACCCAGCAAAGUGCUUCCCUGCUCCUUUGGAAGAGCCCCGGUAGGAAACACAUCACUUACACAGAGACUGGAAAUCAUGGGAUGCUUUUACAGAUUACAAGACUUUUUUGGGGUUUAGACAUGGUUUCUUUCUGCUCCUGCCCCAUUCCCCAUCACCACUGCUUUGCUCAGGGCCAGCCGCGGGGACAAAGGACUUUCUUGUUCUCCUGCAGUUAUUUGACUCAGGAGUUGGUGCUGUCGUUGAGGCCCAGCGGCUGCCAUAGAUGCCUGAUAACAUGCUGGGGGAAGGCCCCGCUCUAGAGCUGGAGAAACACCAAAGCCCCUCCUUUGUAACCCAGGAGGAAUCAUCCCAUGUAGCACUGAUCAGAAACCAGCAGAAGGAUGCAUUUGGUUCUUGGUGUGACACCCACCAAGCUCUGGAGCUUUAAUAAUUCCAUAGAUAUUUGAAGACAGAUCCACAGGUGCUUUCACAGCUCCUGCCUCUCUGGGGCACCUGGGCACACACCACUGGGCUGCGGGGGCUGCAGGCAGGUGGCAGUGGGAGGCUGUCUUCAGAUGUCUGCUUGGGUUUUACACAA